CUUUGACCAUUGACCAAGUCAAAUUUUUUAACAGGACCUGUCUUGCUCAGUUUUUCGAGUAGAUUCUGAUUUUGGGCCCCAUUUCUGCAUUUGAGGUCUCUAAAUCUCACUUUUUGGUCAUUUUUUUCAUUAUGGCUUAACAAAGCGAACGAGAUAUCAUACGUCCUAUUACCAUCAUGUUGGAUGGUCUUACUAGCUAUCAUGCAUGGUCUCAGAAUAUGACUGUCUUUCUCAAGGGUCGUAAACUGUGGAGAUAUGUGACUGUUUCAAUUCCUAAGCCAAUACCAAACCAUAAGUCCAAAGCCACAGUUGCUGAAGAGUCUUCCAAGACUGCUGUUACAACAGAUGAUUAUGAAGAACGUCUAGAGGAAUGGGAGAGAAUUCAGAGUAAGAUCUUGUCUUGGUUUAUCAAUACCUCUAUUCCCUCCAUUCAUAAUCUUCUUCCUCGUCUUGAAACUGCUGAGGCUGCUUGGAAAUUUUUGGCCGAUCGCUAUAACUGCACUAAUGAUUCAAGUUUGGAGUUUCACAUUGAAUCAAAACUUUAUCAAAUGUGCCAAGAGACAGGUCAGUCUAUUUUUGAUUUUUAUUCUCAGACUUCUACUAUGUGGGAACAACUCUCUGCUGCAGAUCCUCCACUGGUGUGUUCUAAGGACAUUGAGCUCUUUAUCAAAUAUCGGGAUCGCCGUAAAUUUAUGCACUUCAUGAUGGGUUUACGUGAGGAUUUUGAGCCUACUAGGGCUUCUCUGCUUAGCCGAUCUCCUACUCCUUCUCUUGAUGCUGCAGUAAAGGAGCUCAUUUCUGAGGAGAAUUGUCGGCCUACUUAUCACGUGACAUCAUCUAAUCAUGUAUUGGCUACACCUUCACCACAGCCUUCCAUUGUUGCAUUCACUGCUCCUCUGCAAAUAAACUCCGGGAGUCCCACCUCUCAGUCUUUCAAAAGUACUCACUGCAAGUUUUGUCGUGCUAAAGGUCAUGACAUCUCUGUUUGUCGCAAGCUACAGAAAUUUGUGCAAGAACAGAAUAAAGCUUCUCUUCCUCAGGCAACUGAUGUAUGUCCUUCAGAUCCAUCAGUUCCUACAGGUCCAUCUUUGGCUUCCUCACUUACUACGGCUGAUAUUGAGACAGUUGUUCAAUAGGUUUUAUCCCGCACUUCUACUGGCCUUUCUGUCACCUCAGGAUUCCCAGACGGGUCAAGUGCUUGGGACAGGCCAUAAGGUUGGUCGCAUAUUUGAGGUUCAUGACUUGAAGAUUCCUUCACAAGUUGUUUCUGCAGCUGCUAUCACUGCCACCUCCUCACCUGAUCUAUAGCAUGCCCAUCUUGGUCAUCCAUCCUUAUCUCGUCUUCAGUUGUUAGUUUUUCAAGGUCAUUUAGGUUUAGUUCAGUUUCAAAAAUUUGAUUGUACUUUCUGUCAUUUUGGCAAACAAACAAAAUUGCCCUUUAAUAAAAGUGACUCAUUUUCUUCUGCCCCUUUUGAUCUUAUACAUUCUGAUAUUUGAGGUCCUGCACCUGUUCCCACUGAGGGGGGAUCUAAAUAUUUUGUCAUAUUUGUGGAUGAUUUUUCUCGAUAUACUUGGAUUUAUCUGCUUCACCAUAGGUCUGAACUUGUGUCUAUUUACCAAACAUUUCAUAAAAUGAUUGAAACACAGUUCAAUCGCACCGUUAAAGUCUUUCGAUCAGAUAAUGCCCAAGAAUAUAAUGAUAAAUCUUUCCUAUCCUUUUUAGACAGUCAUGGUACUCUUCCUCAGCGAUCUUGUCCUUACACCUUUCAACAAAAUGGUCGUGCAGAACGAAAACAUCGUCAUAUUCUUGAUGUUGUCCGCACCCUUCUCAUUUCUGCUUCUCUUCCUGAGCGCUUUUGGGGUGAGGCCGCACUCACUGCUGUGCACACCAUUAACAAAUCACCAUUUGAGCUUCUCUAUGGUCAAACUCCCGACUACUCCUCUCUUUGGGUUUUUGGUUAUGCUUGCUUUGUCUCUUUUCCUCCUUAUGAACGAACAAAGCUCCAACCUCGUACUCGUCUCUGUUGUUUCCUUGGUUAUGGUGUGUCUUAAAAAGGGUUUCGCUGCUAUGAUCCCAUUUCUCAUCGCCUUCGUGUCUCCCCUCAUCAGUGGCGGCGCCAUGUACAGGUUAGGGUGUUCCCAGGAACACCCUGACCU